UGUAUGAAUAGACAUUGCACAGGUUUCAAGAUUGCCACUGUUAAUUUCCAAUCGACCGGACUGCUAUUUGUGGAAGCCAGCCACCUCUUCAAAUUCCCUCUCCGAAGCCAGACACCACCUGCUGCAUUGUAUGAACAAGGACGAGGGCGAUUCGUCAACUUCCAACCACUUGCCCCCAAUUGAACAGCAAAAAGUCUCCUCCUCAUCAAACUUACGAAAGCAUAGAAUGAGCGAUACCCACUGGGACGUGAAUGGUGAUGAGGGAUUUGACGAUCCUAUGAUUGAGGAUGCUGGAUUCACGGACCAGGAAGGAGACUGGUCACGACGAGGAUCUCAAAUAGUGCUCGAUGAUGAUCAUGAAGACGAAGACCGCAUGACUAUACAGAACGAAAAACUCGUACACAAAGGCUUUUUUAAUGGUAUGGAUUGCUCUGCUAAAUUUCUCCCCAAUUAUGGUCCAGUGCCAUUCGUCAUCAAACCUUCAGUUUCCACUUAUUCUAUGAGCUCACACCAACUCUCCUUUCUUGCACUUAGAUUUUCAGGACGAUUUUGAUGAUAAAGAUAUUGCAUAAGGC